AUGUCAACCGCAACUGUAGUGAUCUCGUUGGACGAAAGCGACUUGGAAGUGGUCGGCGACCCGACAUGGAACGGGAAAAAGGAAAUGACAGCGUCAGCAGUCAAGCGGGCAACAGGAGGGCGGAGGUGGAUACCCGUCGGUUGUACCAAGGUGGAGGAGCGUCGCAGGAGUGACGGGCUGAUCAUGCACCAGCGGGUGGAGAAGGGCCGCCUGAGUCAGCCGUGGAACUGGCGCGAGCCAGGGCCGAGCGGGCGGAGCAGCCAAGGGGAGGAGGGCACGGCAGCGGCGGACACGGCGUCUGGUGAAGAAGGCCAAGGAGAAGACGGCCAUCAGGAGGAAGCGGGAAGCAGCAGAGGCGGCCACCAGGAGGAAGCGGGAAGCGGCAGAGGCAGCCUCCAGGAGGAAGCUGGAAGAGAAGAAGGCCAAGGAGAAGGCGGCCUCCAGGAGGGCACGAGGGGCGAGUCGAUGGCCAGAAGUACCGUCGACUCCACGACCAAGGACGGAGCCGGAGGAGAAGGUGGUGCGGCGGCCGAAGAAGGUCGAAGAACGGAGCGUAAGAGAAGCGAGUCGAUGGCCAAAGGUACCGCCGACUCCACGACCAAGGACGCAGCGCGAGGAGGAAGAGCCAUGGACGAAGGGGCCGUGAAUAUGGCCGGCGCCGGAGUGGCAGACGUUUGGCCGACAAAUCUCAUGCCCCGAGAAGCGGCCGGAAAGACCAGUCCUGAUGUGGUCAGCGUCGGAAGGAGGCGCGACGGAGGUCCCCGAGGAGAGAUGGCCUCCGGAACUAUACGCGAGGGUGGCCGGAGAAGUGGAGAGGCGGAGAGGACGGGCCGAAAGAUGGUCCAUAAUGGCGAACGUGGGAACGAGAAGUUUCCGGGUCAGAGGAAGCGCCAACGGAAUAAAGAGGGACGAGGGGGCAUGGACGGCGACCCGCCAACGGGAGAGCGGCGUGAUUUUGGAGCAGGAUUAACUGCAGGAGGAGAACCAGCGAGGAUAACCGGGCGCUCCAACCAGUAUAUAAGGAGGCCCAUUGGAGCAGAUCGGCACGAGUCUUUUUAG